AUGCCGGAGACCGGGCAGGAGCCGCCCAGCGCCCCGCCGGCCCCCAAGGAGUCGUUCUACAUCAAGAACCUGCUCAACGGAGAUCCCCCGAAAGCGGCCCCCAAGCAGCCGCGCCCGCUGUUCGCCCCGUCGGGCAAAGGUGCGGCGGACGGAGCCGGCUUCGCCCUGUCGCAGGUGGGCGACCUCGCCUUCCCCCGCUUCGACAUCCCGGCGCCGCGCUUCGCCCUGAGCGCCCACUGCCUGGAGCGCGCCCAGACCUGGUGGUACCCCUACGCCCUGACCCCGGCCGGAGCCCACCUGCCCCGCACCGAAGCCGCCGAGAAAUCCCUCCUGAGGGACUCGUCCCCGGCCUCGGGCACCGACAGGGACUCCCCGGAGCCGCUGCUCAAGGCGGACGCGGAGCACAAGGAGCUGGACUCCAAGAGCCCCGACGAGAUCGUGCUGGAGGAGAGCGACUCGGAGGAGGCCAAGAAGGAGCCGGGCGCGGAGGACUGGAAGAAACGGGAGGAGAGCCCGGAGAAGAAACCGUGCCGCAAGAAGAAAACCCGCACGGUGUUCAGCCGCAGCCAGGUCUUCCAGCUGGAGUCCACCUUCGACAUGAAGCGCUACCUGAGCAGCUCGGAGCGGGCCGGCCUGGCUGCCUCGCUGCACCUCACAGAGACCCAGGUGAAGAUCUGGUUCCAGAACCGCCGCAACAAGUGGAAGCGGCAGCUGGCGGCCGAGCUGGAGGCCGCCAACCUGAGCCACGCCGCGGCGCAGCGCAUCGUCCGCGUCCCCAUCCUCUACCACGAGAACUCGGGCGCCGAGGGCGGCUCGGCCGCCGCCAGCGCCCCCGGCACCCAGCCCCUGCUCACUUUCCCCCACCCCGUCUAUUAUUCCCACCCCGUGGUCACCUCCGUGCCCCUCCUGAGGCCCGUCUGA